CGACAGAGCUGCCGACUGUGCGCGUUCCUUCACGGGCUAUUGUACCUUGGCCAUAAAGAUAGGAUAGGGAAUUGCAAUAUGGCCUCCUCCUCGACAAACUACACAGCCUCGACCGCGUUCUUCGAAGCGCUCAGCGAAGCGGGCGUCGAAUACUGUUUCGCGAACCUCGGGUCCGACCACCCGAGCCUGCUGGAGGCAAUCGUGCGCGGGCAGAAAGCCCAGUCCAGCAGCAGCGGUGGCGGCGGCAAGCGCUUCGUGCGCAUCAUCACGUGCCCGAACGAGAUGGUCGCGCUGAGCAUGGCCGACGGGUACGCGCGGCUAACGGGGCGGGCGCAGUGCGUGCUUGUGCAUGUGGACGUGGGCACGCAGGGCCUUGGCGCCGCGGUGCAUAAUGCGAGCUGUGGGAGAGCGCCGGUGCUGGUGUUUGCGGGGCUCUCGCCUUGUACGCUUGAGGGCGAGUAUAGGGGCAGUAGGACCGAGUAUAUUCAUUGGAUCCAGGAUGUGCAUGAUCAGCGGGGCGUGGUGGCGGGGUAUUGUCGGUGGACGGGGGAGGUGCGGAGGGGGCGGAAUGUCAAGCAAAUGGUCAACCGCGCCCUCAGCUUCGCGACCUCAGACCCCCAGGGCCCGGUCUACCUGUACGGCACGCGCGAGGCCAUGGAGGAGGACCUCGCGCCCUACGCCCUAGAGCAGGCGUUCUGGACGCCCGUCGAGCCGGCCGCGCUGCCGGAUGCGGGGGCCGCCACGAUUGCCGAGGCGCUCGUCGACGCCCGCGAGCCCCUCGUCGUCACGGGGUAUAGUGGACGGAAGCACGGCGCUGUGGCUGAGUUGGUUGGGCUGGCGGAUACGGUCAAGGGGCUGCGCGUGCUGGAUACGGGGGGGAGCGAUAUGUGUUUUCCCGCGAGCCACCCCGGCUGGCUAGGCCUCCGCUUCGGCAUCGACGACAGCAUCAAAACCGCCGACACGAUCCUCGUCCUCGACUGCGACGUCCCCUGGAUCAACACGCAGUGCCGCCCGCGCCCCGACGCACGCAUCUACCACGUCGACACGGACCCGCUAAAGCAGCAAAUGCCCGUCUUCUACAUCGACGCGGUAGGGCGCUGGCGCGCCGACGCGGGCACCGCGCUCGCGCAGAUCCGGGCAAAGAUUGCCGCGACGCCGCGGCUGGUGGCGCGGGUGCAAAGCGAGGAGUUUGCGGCGCGCUGGGAAAGGCUGAGGGUGAGCUAUGCGCAGAGGCUGCAGGGCAUUAGGGCACUCGCGGAGCCGACGCCCGAUGGCAAGUUUGGCGCCGCGUACUUGGCAAGCCGGCUGCGCGAGCUGUGUCCGCCUGAGACGAUCUGGGUGAUUGAGGCUGUGACGAAUACGAUUGCGGUCGCGGACCAGCUGCAGGUUGAGAAGCCGGGGUGUUGGAUCAACUGCGGCGGGGGCGGGCUGGGCUGGUCUGGCGGCGGCGCCCUCGGCAUCAAACUCGCGGCCCAAACCCCACCCAACGCCAAACCGCGCUUCAUAACCCAGAUCGUCGGCGACGGCACCUUCCUCUUCUCCGUCCCCAGCAGCGUCUACUGGAUCGCCGCGCGCUACAACAUCCCCAUCUUGACCAUCGUGCUCAACAACGAGGGCUGGCACGCGCCGCGCCGCUCGCUGCUGCUCGUGCACCCGGACGGCGAGGGCUCGCGCGCCUCGCGCGAGGAGCUGAAUAUCGAGUUCAAGCCCGGGCCGGACUAUGGGGGCAUUGCGCGGGCGGCGGGGGCCGGCGAUGGCGAGACGGGGGUUUGGGCGAAGAGGGCGAGGGAGGUAGGCGAGUUGGAGGACGUGCUGAGGGAGGCGGUGGGCGUGGUUGAGGGGGGCAGGACGGCGGUUGUAGAUGCUUGGGUUGGUGGCGUGUAGGGGGGUGCGUGCUGCUAGGGCUGGGUACAGUGGCAGUUGGGCGG